GGUGCUGGUCAGUCAGUUUUUAGCCAUCGGUCGAGAUGCCACCGCCAGGACGUGGAUACGGAGGACCGCCUCCCAGGGGACCCGGAAUCGCCUACGGACCACCGCCCCCUCGUGUAAAUGUCGGCAUCAAUAUCGGCGGACCACCACGUCCACCGCCCAUGGGCGUGGGCGUGGGCAUUGGGUUUGCACCGCCACCAGUGGUGAUUGCACCACCGCCGCCACCAGCUGUGAUCAUUGGAGCACCACCGCCACCGCCUGUGGUCAUGAUGCCACCGCCACGACCCACCGUUGUGGUGGGUGGUCAAGCGCCAGUGGCCACUGUAUAUGCCCAACCCCAGGGAGAGGUCCUCUGCUGCACGAUUCUCUGAUGGCGAAUUCAGAUCUGAAAAAUAGGAAACCAAAAACUGUGCAUCUAACUAUAUAGAUUUAUUAACUACGUUUGUACGCCUUAAAUUAUUAAAAUAAAAUAGUUUAUUCAUA